AUGCCUCCACCGUCGUCGCGUAUGACAAAGAAUACACUCCAACCGACUCGAUACCGACCAGGCAAAGCAGAAGUCGAGCCAGAUGUUUCCGAAGAUGAAUCAGAAGAAGACGACGAGGCGGAAGAAGUCACAGCCAAAGCACCAGCACCCAAAGCAUCUUCCUUCCCGUCAAGAAAACUCGCAGUCAACGUCACCCAAGCCGGACAACGAAUACCCUCCGGACCCGCCAAGCCCAAACCACCAGAGGAAGAUCUCGAAGGCUUCGUCACCGCCUCCGAAUCGAGCGAGGAUGAAGGAGGGGCAUUGAAAGACAGCAGUGAUCCCUCGAAUGAAGAUGACGAGGACGAGAGUUCAGAAGAAGAAGACUCUUCAUCCGACGACGAACCGGCGAAACCCAUGCUAAGACCAACCUUCAUCUCCAAAGCCCAACGAGCCCAACAAGGCACUUCUUCCACCACCACCACCACCAAAACAGCAGAAGAACAAUCCGCAGAAACCGAACGGAUACGAAAGGAGAAAGCAGACGAACUGCUCCAAGCCCAACUAGAAAAGGACGCGGCAGCCAAAGCAGCCGGCCGCAAAGCCUGGGACGACGACGCCGAGAUCGACCCCGAAGACGCGGUGGACGAUACGGACGCCCUUGACCCGGAAGCCGAGCUAGCGGCGUGGAAACUACGGGAGCUGAAACGGGUGAGAAGGGAUCGAGCGGCGAUAGAGGGGAGGGAGAAAGAAAAGGAGGAGAUUGAGCGGAGGCGGAAUUUAAGUGUCGAGGAGCGGGAGCAGGAGGAUAAGGACUUCCUUUCCCUGCAACAAGGGGAGAGGGAAGGAAGGGGCAAAAUGGCUUUUAUGCAGAAGUAUUUCCACAAGGGUGCUUUCUUCUCCACGGGCGAGAACGAAGAAGAUGAGGAGGUCAAAGCGGUGCUGAAUCGUGAUCUGGCGGGCGCGAGGUUCGAGGACGAAACGGGGGACAAGAGUGUGUUGCCGGAGUAUAUGCGGAUCCGGGAUAUGACGAAGUUGGGCAAGAAGGGGCGGACGCGGUAUAAGGAUUUGAGGGGGGAGGAUACAGGACGCUGGGGGAUGGAGGCUGGGAAGGGGAGGGAGAUGGGGAGGGGGUUUGAGGGGGUGGAUGAGAGGUUUAGACCUGAUGAUGGGUUUGGGUUCGGGUUUGGGGGUGGGAGGGAUGGUGGUAAUGGUGGCGGUGGGAGGGAGCAGACGGGGGCGAAUAGUGCGCCUUUGGGGGAGAGACGGAGACGGGAGGGCGAGAGUGGGGAGGGGAGGGAGGGGAAGAGGGCGAGGUUUGAUUGA